AUGAAGAAGGCAGAAUAUGGUUUGAAUGGUGAGAGUGCUGGGGGUCCAGAUGAAUUUAAUUGCAGUUUCUUUCAUGCUUGCUGGGAUAUCAUAGGUGAAGAUGUGAUGGAUAUGGUUAAGGAAUUCUUCAAUAUGCAGGAUCUUCCUAAGUUUGUGACUCAUACAAACUUGGUAUUACUACCAAAAAAGAAGAAAGUGGUGACCUUUUCUGAUAUGAGGCCAAUUAGCCUUAGCUUUGUGAAAGGAAGAAAUAUUAUUGAAAAUAUGUUGCUAACGCAGGAAAUUAUUACUGACAUGAGGUUGAGAACUAAGGCAGGACCUAAUGCUGUGAUCAAGCUAGACAUGAUGAAGGCAUAUGAUAGACUAUCUUAG